GCCACCCGUGCCCCGCUGCUACCCCAGCUCCUGGCCCACGUCCGCCUGCCCUUUGUGCGCCGCUUCUACCUGCUGGCCCACGUGGAGAGCGAGCCGCUGGUGGCCCGCUGCCCGCCCUGCCUGCGCCUCCUGCGCGAGGCCCGCGACUUUCAGGCUGCCCGUCUCGACCGCCACGACCGGGGGCCCUGCGCCCGCAUGCGCCCCCGGCCCUCCACCGGCCUCGCUGAGAUCCUCGUCCUUGUUGGCGGCUGCGACCGCGACUGUGACGAGCUCGUCACCGUCGACUGCUACAACCCGCGCACCGGCCACUGGCGCUACUUGGCCGAGUUCCCUGAGCACCUGGGCGGGGGCUACAGCGUUGCUGCGCUGGGCAACGACAUCUAUGUCACUGGGGGCUCAGACGGGUCCAGGCUGUACGACUGCGUCUGGAGGUACAAUUCCAGCGUGAACGAGUGGACGGAGGUGUCGCCCAUGCUGAAAGCCAGGGAAUACCACAGCUCCACAGUCCUGGAUGGACUGCUCUACGUAGUUGCCUCCGACAGCACAGAGCGCUACGACCACACGCUGGACAGCUGGGAAGCCCUGCAGCCCAUGCUGUACCCCAUGGACAACUGCUCCACCACCUCGUGCCGCGGGAAGCUGUUCGCCAUCGGCUCCCUGGCUGGAAAAGAGUCCAUGGUCAUGCAGUGCUACGAUCCCGACAGUGACCUCUGGUCCCUUGUCAACUGCGGCCACCUGCCCCCCUGGUCCUUUGCCCCAAAAACUGUCACGCUCAAUGGCCUCAUGUACUUCAUAAGAGACGACUCGGCUGAAGUGGAUGUUUACAAUCCAGCAAAGAAUGAAUGGGAUAAAAUCCCUGCCAUGCUUCAGGUUCACGUUGGGGGAAGUGUGGCCGUGCUUGGCGGGAAGCUCUACGUCUCCGGGGGCUAUGAUAACACGUUUGAACUCUCAGAUGUCCUGGAAGCCUAUGACCCCGAGACACGAACGUGGAGCGUGGUGGGCCGGCUCCCCGAGCCCAUCUUCUGGCACGGCAGCGUCAGCAUAUUCCGGCAGUUCAUGCCAGAAACCCCACAGGAGGACGACAGCAUCACGCUGGACAACACCAUCAGCUUGAGCAGGCAGACCCAAAACCUUCACAACCAGAACCUCAAUGAACUGCCUUAGCACAGGAAGCAGCCUGACAUAAGUCCCUCAUCCAGAACCUGGGCUGCUUCAGGAAAAGGCUGAGGCAAACCAGUGCUUGGAAACAAAACCGUAGUGAUCACAGAGGGAAUGGGAACUCUGGCUGUUGGAUGUGCUGCUGUGUGACCGCAGGCAGUGAGGCCUCUGCUGCUCCCUCAGCCCUUCGCUGCCCGCAGGGACCCGAGACCCCCAGGGAAAAUGAUCGCACUGACCCGCGCCACAGCACCACCACUGACAGCUUGUGACCAGACACCUUUCACUGGGAGCUCCUUCACCCCACAAUACUUUGUUUGCCACCAAACUGCUUCCUUCAGUUUCUUUUUCGGGAGGGGUCUGUCUGGUAAGACAGUGGUCUGGACCCCCCCUCUAUUCUGUGCCUCGGAGGGAGACAGGCUUUCUGUGCACGUGUUGGGAUUGAAAGGUAGUUAUUUUAGGGGGUUUUUUUCUUUUUGUUUGGGGUUUGCAUAUUUUUUGGCCUAUGUAAGAUUUGCCUUUAUACUUGCCCAAGUGCCCUGGCCAGGUGGGCUGUUUAUCUACCUUUGCUGAAGAGCAGCUGCGUGGUUUAUUUGUGGAAUGUUUCUGGAACAAGCAGAGGCCGAACCUGUGGCACGGCUCCCCAGGAGUGAGUGUUACAUCUUCAGGAGAACCUUGAAGUGUGACAGCAGCUCAGGUGUGGCUGGAUGCAUUUGCUUUUUUGGUCUUUUAUUUUUAACCAAUAGAAGAGAAGUCUGUAUUUUAAACUGAAUUCAGAGAUGGAAAGCCCGCAUACCCAAUCACUGCACUCCUCAGCCAGGGGGAACCCGCGCUGUUCCUCAGUCUGGAACACUGACAGUGCCUUGAGACCACGCGCUGGGGUGCAGCCCGUGGGCCCCUGUGGGCAGAGCCUGGCAGGGGGGACACUGGGGCCUGCAAUUCGGAGCAUCUGCUGCUUUUCUGGGAGCAGCCUGUCCGUGCUGUGCCGUGCCUGCGGAGAGCCGGACGGCGCUGCAGCCCGAGAUAUUUCUGCUGAGCUAUAAAUAGUGCUCGCUGCUGGACCCCCAGCCCCACCCGCUGAGCAGCUACAGAUAACUAUUUAUUUUUUGUAGAAUUCAUUGUGUUGAAUCCUCCAGUACAGUUGAACUCCAUCCUUUGAAACAAAGGCAUUUUACAUUUGCAGAUAAUGUAUUUUUAUUCUCAUAGUUUGUUUUUAAAUUUACUUGCAGCUGUCAAGUUAAAUAAAACCUGUUACACAAUUCUGUCGUCUGAGAAGGGAAA